GUUGCUGAAGGUCCUGCGGGUGAGCCCGACGAUGGCCGCAAGAAAUCGAAGGCGACAUCGUUGACCGAGACCGUGGACUUCUCUCCUUACUCCUCCCUGCGAGAGGAUUGUGCUCGCCGUAUGCUUCAUGAAUUAUCCGGUAAGCUCCUCGUCCCGCCCGAAUACACGGAGGUGGAAGAUCCUUCCAGCAGGCACUGGGUGGGAACCGCUGCCCGUUUCCUUCUUGCGGCUGGCGUUGGUUUGUCCCAAAUUGGGAUGACCAAUGAGAAGCUCCAUAUGGCGAGUUUGCGCGGGGAGGUGGAGGCGGAGAAGCUGCGGAAAAGGAUCGGAGAGUUGGAGGCGGACUCUAUCAAGGGGCGCACUGCAUUGCGAGCGGAGGUGAAGGCUGAG